AUGGCUGAACAACCGUUUAUAGACUCACCUAAAGCCGAAAUAACUUGUGGACUCUGUUCGAAAAUAAUGAAGAAGCCCAAACAGCUUCCAUGUUGUCAUACUUUCUGUCGGGAAUGUCUGGAAGAUUACGUCAAAGACAUGCUGAAUCCGGAAUCAGAGACCAUCGAUUGUCCAAAAUGUCAGAAAGUGGUGGAUGUCCCAGAUGGAGACACCAAAGGACUGCCCAGUAAUUAUUAUAUUCUUGCCCAAUCUCUUCCAGAAAUGAUUAAUGUUGAAUCUGGCGACUUAACUUGUGAUUUCUGUAAAUCGAACAAAAAAGUGGCUGUCGGUUAUUGCUUUGAGUGCUCAAAAAACUUGUGUGAGGAUGACAAAGAAAAACAUAAAAUUGCUGUGGCAACACGAUCACAUCAUAUCGCGGUGUUAAUGGACAAAUGUCAAGGCAAGAUCGAGAAGCAAAGCUACUGUAGCAAGCACACUGACAGCAUCCUAAAAUUCUACUGCUGCGUCUGCCAGAUUCCCAUUUGCGCCGACUGCAAAUUAGCGAAACAUGAAAAUCAUAAGACU